GGGGGGGUUGAGGGGGGGGGGGUUGGGGGCCGCCGUUCGCGGCGCUAGGACCGGGCGCGGCGGCGGGCGGAGCCUCCCCGCCGCUCGCCCCUCCGCCCGGCCGCUGCGGCAGUGUCUCGGAGGCGGGCAGGCGGCCGGUCCCUCCGGUCCCCCGGCAGCAUCCCGGCCCCGCCAUGGCUGGCGUCGGCUUCGCGGCGCACCGCCUGGAGCUGCUCGCCUCCUACCAGGACGUGAUCGGCGAGGACAGCCCCACCGACUGGGCCCUCUACACGUACGAGGAUGGCUCCGAUGACCUGAAGCUGGCAGCGUCGGGAGGAGGGGGGCUGCUGGAGCUCUCCGGCCACUUUGAGAUCCAGAAGGUGAUGUACGGCUUCUGCAGCGUCAAAGACCCCCAGGCCGUGCUCCCCAAAUAUGUCCUCGUCAACUGGGUGGGCGAGGACGUGCCCGACGCCCGCAAGUGCGCCUGUGCCAGCCACGUGGCCAAGAUCGCCGAGUUCUUCCAGGGUGUGGACGUGAUCGUCAACGCCAGCAGCGUGGAGGACAUCGACCCGGGGGCCAUCGGGCAGCGGCUCUCCAACGGGCUGGCCCGCGUCUCCAGCCCCGUGCUGCACCGCCUGCGGCUGCGGGAGGACGAGAACGCCGAGCCCGUGGGCACGAGCUACCAGAAAACCGACGCCACCGUGGAGAUGAAGCGGCUCAACCGGGAGCAGUUCUGGGAACAGGCCAAGAAAGAGGAGGAAUUGCGCAAGGAAGAGGAGCGGAAAAAGGCGCUGGACGCGCGGCUGCGGUUCGAGCAGGAGCGCAUGGAGCAGGAGAGGCUGGAGCAGGAGGAGCGGGAGCGGCGCUACCGGGAGCGCGAGGAGCAGAUCGAGGAGCACAGGAGGAAGCAGCAGAGCAUGGAGGCGGAGGAGGCCCGGCAGCGCCUGAAGGAGCAGUCCAUCUUCGGGGAGCAGCAAGAGGAGGACGACAGGCAGCAGCUGCGGAAAUCGGAGUCGGAGGUGGAGGAGGCCGCUGCCAUCAUCGCCCAGCGACCCGACAACCCCCGGGACUUCUUCAAGCAGCAGGAGCGGGUGGCAUCGGGCAGCAGCGACGCCAUCUCACCGGGCAGCCACAGGACAGGUCGUCUGCACUGUCCUUUCAUAAAGACAGCUGACAGUGGGCCGCCUUCCUCCUCCUCCUCCUCCUCCUCCCCCCCGCGGACCCCUUUCCCCUAUAUCUCCUGCCACCGCACCCCAAAUCUCUCCUCUUUCUUCCCAUGCAGCCAGUCGGACGCCUACCGAAAGGCUUCGGCAGCGGGCUGCAGCCCCUGCGAGUCCAGCACGGCCUCCACGCCGCUGGGCCAGCAGGGCGCCCGCGGCUCGGCCGAAGAGACGCCAGCAACGCCCAAAGACUCCCCCAGCCCCAGCAGCGCCCAGGUGGCCGAGCCAGCGGUGGCCGAGCAGCACUGGCCCUUCCCGGGCCCCGAGGACAAAACCGCGGAGCCCCCGGGGGACCAACCCGACCCCCCCCGGCCGGCGUGGGCAACCCCUGACUCCCUGGGGGACCUGGUGACCCUGGAGCCCACCGACCCGUCCCCGCUGCCCGCGGCGGCCGAGCCCCAGCCCGCGGUGGCACCGGGCAGCACCGAGCCCCUCAUCGAGCUGUGGCAAAGCGACGGCCCCGCCACCGCCUGGCCCCUGCCCGUCGCCCCCACGCCUGCCCCCGAGGGGCCCCCCCCGGCCGCCCCCGACGAGGGGCCGCUGCUGAGCCUGGACGAGCUGCCCGAGCCCCCCGCCACCUUCUGCGACGCGGAGAGGGAGGAGGUGGUGGAGGAAGAAGAGGAGGAGGAGGAGGAGGAAGAAGAAGAGGCCAUUGCGGGGGGGCCCCACCCGGCGGGGCUCGGCUACCAGGACGCCGGGCCGGGCCACGAGCCCCCCCUCAUCACCAACGGGGAGAUGGCCCCCAAGGACGGCACGCCGGGCCGCGGCGAGCAGGCCAGCGAGGGCUACUUCAGCCAGUCCCAGGAGGAGGAGGCGCCGCAGCCCGAGGAGCCGUCGGCCAAAGCCCCCCAGCCCGUCUUCUACAACAAGCCCCCAGAGAUCGACAUCACGUGCUGGGACGCAGACCCGCUGCCCGAGGAGGAGGAGAGCUUUGGGGGCGGCGUGUAAGGCUGGGCCCCCCCCAUCCCCCCGCUGCCGGCGCACGCAGCCGGGCCCCCCAAGAUUUGGGGCGCGAGCGGCCGCGGCCAGGGGCCGGCCCCGGCCCCCUCCCCGCUGGGGUCCCGCAGGAUGAGGCCUCCGGGUGGGAGCCGGGGGGGCC